AGGAUUGAGGUGUGACAAGACCAAACGCGUGUUGAAACAUUCAGUCUUCCGUAUUCCUUCGAAUUUAUUUGACUCCGGCCGGUAAUACGUACAUUCGCGAAUACACUCUCGAAUAAUACAAUUCGAAAUAAAUAAUACGAUUCGUUAAACAGUUAAUACAAUAUAAGCUCACUGGCUGACGAUCUACGGAAAUAAACCGUGAAGAAUUAUUUUCGACACCAAUGGAACCUUUGACACGAAUCAUGUUUCGUAAGGCAGGAGGAAUUUCUAAAGGAAAACUUUUGAAUCUGUUCUGUCAGAACGAGAAGAACUGUCGUACGAUCACGUCGCAAGAAGUGUUCGAACGAGAAUCGAAGUAUGGCGCCCAUAAUUAUCACCCCCUUCCCGUUGCGUUAUGCAAAGCCGAGGGUGUAUUUAUGUGGGACGUCGAGGGAAAACGGUACUUUGAUUUCCUGAGCGCUUAUUCCGCCGUGAACCAAGGCCAUUGUCAUCCAAGGAUCUACAAGGUUCUGGUCGAACAGGCGAAGGUUUUAACCUUAACCUCGAGAGCCUUUUAUUCCGACACGUUGGGCAAAUUCGAGGAAUACGUUACGAAACUCUUCGGAUAUCAGAAAUGGCUGCCGAUGAACACUGGAGUGGAAGGUGGCGAAAUCGCGUGCAAAUUGGCGCGCAGAUGGGGUUACACGUGCAAAGGUAUACCGGACAAUCAGGCGAAGAUCAUUUUCGCUGAAGGUAAUUUCUGGGGGAGGACGAUGAGCGCCGUGUCCUCGAGCACAGACCCGACCAGUUACAAAGGUUUUGGGCCGUUCAUGCCCGGGUUCGAAAUAAUCCCGUACGACGAUCUGGAGGCGCUGCAACGAGCCUUGACCGACCCGAACGUCUGCGCUUUUAUGGUAGAGCCUAUACAAGGCGAGGCUGGCGUUGUAGUACCAAAGGAUGGGUACUUGAAAGGAGUCAGGGAACUGUGUACGAAAAACAACGUUCUAUGGAUAGCAGACGAAGUGCAAACUGGCUUGGCCAGGACGGGAAAACGGUUGGCCGUGGACCACGAGAACGUGAAACCAGACAUUUUGAUUCUUGGUAAAGCUCUUUCCGGCGGUUUUUAUCCGGUCUCCGGUAUAUUAGCUAACGAUCACAUAAUGCUGACCAUCAAACCUGGCGAACACGGUUCGACGUACGGCGGCAAUCCGUUGGGAUGCACGAUCGCCAUCGAGGCGCUUCGCGUGUUGGAGGAAGAAAAGCUGGCGGAGAACGCUGAUAAGCUCGGUCGGAUUCUCAGGGCCGAACUUGGAAAGCUGCCGAAGGACAUUGUCACUCUGAUCAGAGGAAAGGGACUUCUUAACGCUAUCGUGAUCAACGAGAAAAUCGACGCCAUGGACAUCUGCGUGAAGAUGAAGGACGCAGGCUUGCUCGCGAAACCGACGCACGGACAUAUAAUCAGACUGGCUCCACCGUUGGUCAUCAACGAAUCGCAAAUGCGAGAAUGCGUUGAUAUAAUUUCUAAAACUAUCAUCCAAUGCGCCAACGUUUAA